AAUCUCCUUCUUCAAGAUGGCGUCCAUGAGGGAGAGCGACACAGGUUUGUGGCUUCACAACAAGCUCGGGUCGGCGGAUGAGCUCUGGGCGCCUCCCAGCAUCGCCUCGCUGCUCACUAAGGACGUCGUGGACAACAUCCGAGUGUGUUUUCACGGCCUCUCGUCGGCGGUGAAGCUUAAACUGCUGCUGGGGAUCCUGCACCUUCCCAAACGGACGGUGGACGAGAUGAAAAAUUCAUUGACUGAAAUUGUGCAUCUUGCUGCAAUGGAUUCUGACUCCUGGGUUCAGAUGGUGGCAGACAUUCUAAAAACCUUUCCUGACACUGGCUCCCUUAACCUUGAACUGGAGGAACACAAUCAGAAUCUACAAGAAAUUCUUGGUGAACUCAGAGAAAAAGUUAACGAAUGUGAAGCCUCUGCUAUGUUGCCUUUGGAGUGCCAGUACUUGAAUAAAAAUGCCCUGACAACCCUCGUGGGACCCCUCACACCACCAGUGAAGCAUUUUCAACUUAAACGAAAACCCAAAAGUGCCACGCUCAGAGCAGAACUGUUACAAAAAUCAACAGAAACUGCACAGCAGCUCAAAAAGACCUCUGGAGUGCCUUUUCUUGCCAAAGGGAGAGGUUUGGUUAAGAAACUCGAUACCACUACUCCCCUCAAAGGGAUCCCAAAGCAAGCUCCAUUCCGGAGCCCCACUACUCCCAGUGUCUUCAGUCCAUCAACAAACAGAACACCAAUGGCUGUUCGGACGCCUGUGCGUAAAGAGAGGGGUGUGAAGUUGCUCGACAUAUCAGAGCUUGAUAUGGUAGGUGCAGGUCGGGAAGCUAAAAGGAGAAGGAAGACACUAGAUACAGAAGUUGCAGAAAAACCAGCCAAAGAAGAAAUGGUUGUUGACAGUGUCACACCAGAUUAUGCCGUGGGUCUGGUCUCCACACAGAAACUUGGUGCUUUGAGUAAUGAUAAUGCACUACCAUCUACUAGUUACCUACCUGCUACACCAAGUAUGGUGCCAUCAUCUUCAUACAUUUCCAGCUCUGAAACUCCACAAGCUAACACAGUCGGAUCAGUCCGGGAGGCUCUCCAGGCAAAUAGACUAUCGGAAGAGUCAACAGCUCCUACCUCUGGUCUACCAGGCCAGUUUAAACAAAGAACCCCGAUUUAUAACAGCAGCUCAGCAACAUCUACCUCAACCACCACUGCCCCGAGUACCGUGCCUGUCACAGUGACAGCACAAACGACACCUGUACAGCAGCAGUCGCAGCCUCAGCAGCAGACGCAACAACAGCAGCAGACGCAGCAGCAGACACAGCAAUUGCAGCCGCAACCUCGUAAGAGCCUUUCGCUCACAAGAGACCAAAUGUAUGCAGCCCAAGAAAUGUUCAAGACUGCAAACAAAGUCACGCGCCCAGAAAAAGCCCUUAUACUUGGGUUUAUGGCAGGUUCAAGAGAAAACCCAUGUCCAGAGCAGGGUGAUAUCAUUCAAAUCAAAUUGAGCGAACAUACAGAGGUUCUACCGAAGGCAGAUGGUACAGGCAGCACCACGAUGUUGGUGGACACAGUCUUUGAAAUGAACUAUGCCACAGGUCAAUGGACCAGACUGAAGAAGUACAAGCCUAUCACAAAUGUGUCCUGAGGAUUCUACAGGACCAAGAACAUGUGGACCAAAUCCAAUGUUGUUAUCCUGAUCACCACUGACCUGAGCUUUGAUGAUUGUAUAUUCAGAAGGUUCCAAAACACUUGCAGGAGACAUUCAUUGUGAUGUGGAAUUUAGGGCCACCUAAGAGUGGAAUGAGAGAAAUAGAGAAGUGCUUUCCUGCAUUUGGUGUUUUUAUUUCCUGUGGUAUAAAUGUCUUUUUUUUCCAAAAGGUCCAAACUUUCAACAACAGCAGCUCCAGCAUGAAAACUCCUUGAUUUAUGAAUAGCAUGUGGAACCUCGUGUUACAGCUGAAAGGAGAACCAUGUGGCCCCAACCUUGAGUUGUUAUAUCUUUAUCAUUUUCUGAAAUACCAUGGGACAAUUAUUUAGCAGCCUUGAUUUGGUUCACUUUUAGCAGAGGGGUUUGAACUGGAGAGCAUUGGAAAGCCAGGUUUCCUGGUAUCUGGUGCCUUUGCGAACUCUCAUCGUCAGUUUUGUAAAUUAUUUUGUUGUAAAAGCAGCAUGAUUUAACAAUUUUCUAUUUUUUGUACAGUUGUAAAGAUUCUAGGUUUCUUGCUCGUGUGCUGUCAUACAGUGUCAGAUGUAAAAUAAUUAGAUUUUUUAUGGAAACUUAAGUGCAGUCUAAAGAAUGCACAGCCAUAAUAGUUGGUUUUCCUGUGUUUAGGCAGCUGGUUGAACUGUCAGUGCUUAAGGGACGACUGUGCUUUUACUGAACAUGCAGUACUAAGCACAAUAAAAUUACAUUGUAACUGGUGCCUGGAUAUCAUAACUGGUUCUUCAUUUUGUUUUUAAAUAUUUGGUGAUGCAUAUAUUCAGAAUUACAUAGAGUUGCAUUCAUUUAUUGGUAUUACAUAUUGCCUGACAAUGAUCAAAUUUCUCUGCUUUAACUACUAACUGUUUGUUUUCAGAGUUUUUUUGGAAGGUAGGCAAAACAAUGCAGUCGCUGCCCAGCCUGGUGAGUAGGAAGGGGUGGUGGGGGUAGGAAAGUAGAAGAUGCAAGGCAGCCUCAACUGCCCAUGCAAUGUCAGUAGAGAGAGAAAACUUUUUAAUGCUGCUUCAAGUUGGUGAUCUUUUGAAUUUGAUUAAUCUGUUUAGGCAAAUUGGUCCAGUCCAGUCCAGGCAUGCUACAUUCUGUGUAUUUGACUGUUUUCCCCAUUUUUGGCUAUUAUUUAACUUAGCUACCUGAGCAAGAAGAUGGGAGCUUUUUGCUCCUUGGCCAAAUAGACAUUUUCCACUCUUGCAAGCAUAACCCAAUCAAAUCUGUCCACACAAACAUAUGCACUUUGCUGGUGAUCAGCAGUGUGUAUCCACCACACUGUUUUGCAUCUCUUCCUCCAUUUGCCUAGAUCCACUGAUACUCGCACUGCUAUUUGGGCUGAGAUCCAAGUGGAUUUUUAAGAUUUUAUCAUGACUUCUAAUUGCAAACAAAUUUUGACAUUGCCAAAGCAAUUACAAAAAAAAUGAAUUUACCCAUAUCAAACUGUAGAUGGGGUUCAUUCUUUGUUAAUUUGAUGCUGUUUGAAAACAUAGUUUCUUUCUUAAAAUGUUUAGGAAAAAGUGCUACUGCAUGAAGUAGGGAGGGAUAGGAACGCUAUUUGUAAUGAGAGGAGUUUUGUGUCCACUCCUUGGUUCCUAGAAAAUGGUAUUUCAUUCUUCACUGAAGAUAAAUAUGGAAAUAUCUUCAUGCCCUAGCUGUAAACUCAUUUAAAUACAAGAAGUGAAAGUUCAGGAUGUCUCAUUUGAACAAGUUCUUUGUCAGCUCAAAUGUUGUAGCAGUAUACAGUAUCUACUACUUGGUUUCAAGUAGAAUGUCAAGGCCUUCAAAUCUAUAAAUCUGUAGGUUAGAAUUUUUUUUAAACAAAAACUAGACCAGAGCAUCUGAAGGAGUGGAAAUUUGAAUAUCUUAAAAACUGAUCCAUAAUUUAUGAUGCAGUUUGCCAGCUGCUGUAUUCUUUCCAAAGUUGUCUUGUGCAGCAAAUUUUGCCAUAAUUAUUUGAGUAAUAAUUCAGGCUAUUGUGGCCAUCAUCACUUGUAACCAUACAGUACAUCUUGAAGGGAUUCAAAACUGAUCGUUAGUAUGUGGUUUAAUGUUACAUGGGACUUCCAAACAUACCACUUUUUAAAAAAAAACUGUAGAAAAUAAAUUGUGGGUUUUGAAAUUGGGGUGAUCUUAAGCUGGAUGAACUUUUUAAAUGUGCUUCAUGAAUGUAGUUUUAUACUUGAGAUUGUUCAAGUGGUAAUGUUGCUUUUUAGAUAAAAUUUCAAAUUCCUGAUGUCUGAUAAUUUGUUUACUGAAGGGAGGGAGAUGUACCUACUGGCCUGGAAUUGGUAAUAAAAAUCAACAUUUAUAAUAGAGGAAAAACAGUAUUCUUAAGCAUGCAGCUAAAUUUGAUUUGCAGGAAUUUGAAAUUAAUAUUUCAAUAUUAUCAUUUGCCUUUUAAUAGCUGUAUUA